AUGUCAGACAUCGGGGACUGGUUCAAAAGCAUCCCCUUCAUCACCCGGUACUGGUUUGCUGGGUCCAUUGCUGUCCCUUUGAUUGGGAAACUAGGACUCAUUAGUCCCAUGUACCUCGUGCUAUGGCCGGAGCACUUCUUUAGCAAAUUUCAAAUCUGGAGACCAGUGACGUCCACCCUGUAUUUCCCAGUAGGCCCUGGCACAGGUUUUCUGUAUCUGGUCAACCUGUAUUUCCUCUACCAGUACUCCACCAGGCUAGAGACAGGGGCGUUUGACGGCAGACCGGCAGACUACAUCUUCAUGCUCCUCUUCAACUGGAUCUGCAUUGUUAUAACUGGGCUGAUGAUGGACAUGCAGUUGCUGAUGAUCCCGUUGAUCAUGUCAGUACUUUAUGUCUGGGCUCAACUCAACAGAGACAUGAUCGUAUCCUUCUGGUUUGGGACACGAUUCAAGGCGUGUUAUCUACCGUGGGUCAUCCUGGGCUUCAACUACAUCAUUGGAGGCUCUGUGGUGAAUGAACUGAUAGGGAACCUGGUGGGUCACCUCUACUUCUUCCUGAUGUUCAAAUACCCCAUCGACCUGGGAGGACGCUCCUUCCUCUCCACACCGGAGUUCCUGUAUCGGCUCCUCCCCAACAGGAGGGGAGGGGUGUCUGGCUUUGGAGUUCCUCCCAGCAGGAGACCAGCUCCCCAGGAUCAGGCAGGUGGAGGCGGGGGAGGAGGGGGACGCCACAACUGGGGCCAGGGCUUCCGUCUGGGGGACGACUGAGAGGAGACAAGAGGAGAGGGGCUCUCCCUCCUCCUUCCUUGCUCCCAAAACAAACGGGUGUGCAAUUGAUGUUCCAAGUUAAAAUGCUUGCUUCUUCACAUUCUCUCGUUUUGGGGGAUAUGCUCAAUUUUCUCGCCCCGACGUGCAGAGGAAGUAUUUACGUCACAAUGUGAUUUACAUGUCAGGGGCUGUGCUGCCUGGGGCCACGCACCUGUACCCACAGGGAUGUGGUCAAGCGUACGCCCAAAAAAGGAAAAUCGCCGUAAUACCUAAAGAGUUGUGUGUCAAAUAAAGACUGAAAUCCUGCUAAACCAUGAAACUCGCAUCAGUAGGGGAGAAUUUGAGGAAGCAUGCAUUUUAACCCAGAAAGCAGUGCACAUCAGGACUCAGACUCUGGCUAUAGGCUCUAUACACCAAACAGAGCCAGCUUCUACUACUACUACUACUGCGGAUGUGUACAUGUGAAGCAGAUUGGAGAGAACAAGAAUAAAUGGAUUUUAUAUGACGAUCCUCAAGCUCCACCCUCCUCCUUUCCCUCCUUCUUGUCUCAUUUCCGUCCCGUCCUCUUUCCUCUCCACACCCUGCCAUUGGACUGUCAAGACGGGAGAUGCUGCAGCUGCAGCCCAGCAAAUUGUUGAUUUGGUUAAUUCUUGUGUUCUCGUGCUCUCUCUCUCUCUCUCUCUUUCUCCUCCCUCCUCUCUUUCUUUCUGAUGCCAUAUCAGAUUACAUUGUAAUUACGGACUUGUGGGGAGUGCACUUUUGAAACAGCCAAGCCAACCCUCAGCAGAAUGUACACAUGGCUAUUUAGAGAGUGUUGUUUUUAAGUCUGGGUCUGCUUGGGCACACAAGAGCUGUUUGAUCCUUCAUGGCGUAGACCUGAUCUUAUUGUAACCGUCGUGAAAAACAUCUGAUUUUGCCACAGCGAGGUAAAAACUGGAUUUCGCUUGUCAUUUGUAAAUACAUUGGUUACUUCUUAAAAGGUUGAGCCAGUCUGGGUGCGCUAUUGUCUUAGGAUCCGUUUUCUUAAAACACCACCGAGGUGUCUGAAAAAGCAGCGGUUCUCAACCUCGUAAUUGCCACAGCACACUUGGACACAAAAUAAUACCAACAUCAUCCCGAUUAUUUCCUGCUUAGAAAAAAAAUCCUAUGAAUCUCAGUGCGAUUAUACAAGACCAUAAUAAAACGUGAAGAGCUUCGGGCCAAGGAGUGAAGUGCAGUGUAUUUGGAAGGGCAGGAAGUAUGAUCUCAUUAAACUUUAACGAAGCUCAUUGAUUUUGUCACUGAUUUUCUUACUUUUGAAUAAAAUCUCAAGGCACAGGAGAGCUCGCCUAAUCCCACACCAGCAUGUCCUGGUUCUCCUGUUGAGAAUCACUGUGACAGUGUAUGCAACCUUUUUUUUUCCCCCCUGACACACACCUCACUUCCGCUCCCCAGUUUCUUUGCAGUUGAUCAGGCUUGUGAUAUAAACGUGCUCUGGUGAUGACGCAGAUGGGACUCUGUUUUGGUUGAAUUCUUAAACGGCAUUAUGAAAAAGGUACAUCUCCAAACGAGAAGCAGAAGUGUUGUGUGAUCUGAGAUGAUCAGAAACAAGUCAAGGCUGUGUUGUGUGAUGAUGGGUAGUGAUUUGAACUGACGGUGCCAUUCAUAAUGCUGCAGCCAGCUCAGCCGCUGUCAAAAGCUACAUUUACACAGGAACAGAAUUAAUUUUAUUAAAAAUACCCUCUUUUGUGAAUCUGUGUUUAUGUUUAAUGUGAUGAGCAGUACUUUUUUGGACCUCAGGCCUGAAAAGCUUCUGAUAAAUGAAAUUGAUUUUCUAUGUGGAGUGCAACUCUGUAUAAAUAUGUUAACUGGUGUGAGCUUCUCUCUAGACAAAUCCAGGUUGAUUCCAGGUGACUUUUCUGUUUUUAGACAGACAUGGAAACCAGCUGUUUGCACCUCCAAAGGUUCACACUUUUUGUUUUAACUAUUUGUUUUAAUUACUAUUAACUAUUUUGUUCUUGUAUAAAUGCAGCCUAGGAUUAAGGCUAAGGUGGCACACAGCGAUUUAAUCAGUAAAAAAAAAAAAAAAAAAAAAAAAAGUACCCAGUAUCAAGGAAGUAUUUGUAUGAUGGCAUAUUAGGGCCAUUGUAGGGUGGAAGUACACAGCUGGUAGAGGGGUGUUGAUAUUCCAAGAAGAAAACUCUGAAUUUCCAAGAUUAAAGUUGUGAAGUUACGAGAAAAAAAACUCAUUCUGAGAUUAAAGUCACAAGUUCAUGAAAAAAAUAGUUUUACUUUUGGCUUGAUUUUGCAAGGUUGACUCAGCCACAUGCUGCAGAUGCUAUUUAACCUGUGUGAGUUUCUCAUAAAUUUAUGACUUAUAUCUUUAUAUUUUUUUUUAUCUGAAUAUUUCCCCCCUGCCUUGGCUCUGAUUUUUUUUUAAUCUCCCUACAAUGGCCCUAAUGCGCCAUUGUAUAUGUGAGCUAUUUGAGGUGCAUUCGCUUUUAAACUGGGCUCAGUGUAAAACAUGUCACUUGAAGGAUAAGAAGGAAGUGAUUUGUGUUUCUUUUUCCCCCCAACAAGGCCUGGAUGUAAAGUUGUAAAAAGUUUGUGCUGCCAAGCCACACUGCAGGUGAUUUUCUCUGUCUCUUCAGGCUGGUUGAAGGCUCUCUCUGCCCUGGGCCUCUGUGUGUUUCACUUGUUUUGUACAAUAUAAUUUUGUACUGGAGUAAACAUGAGCAAACUA